AUUCACGAAGUAUUUUUUUUUGAGACAAAUUCACGAAGUAUAUUUUGCAACACACCUUUUUUAUGGGCCUAUUCAGCGAACACAGUCAAGGACAGAAGCUUUUGAUUGUGAAGAAGAGAGCAUAGAAAUUCACGCCGACUGAAAGAAACCAGCAAAACACAAGAGAGUACACCACUGCGUACCAACUCGACGGCCGCCGCUCCCCCUGCACCUCGUCGACGGUCCGCCGGUGUCCGGUCUCCGCUACCCCUCCUCCUUUACCUCGCCGAUUUCCCGCCUCCGCCUCCGCCUCCGGUCCUCCUCCUCCUGCACUGCACCUAGCCGAAGUCUGCUCUCCGCCACCGCUCCUCCUUUACCUCGCCGAUGUCACGCCGCUAUACCAUCACACUGAUCUCCCGCCUCCGAGUCCCCCGCCGCUGCUCCUUCUCCACCUCCAUCUCGCCGCCCUCACGCUCCUGGUCUCCCCGCGACGCCUUUGCCGCGGCCACAGAGCGCGUGCGCGCCGGCACGCUCAGCCCGGAAGAUGCCCACAACCUGUUCGAUGAAUUGCUGCGGCAGGGCACUCCGGUCCCCGAGCGCUCCCUGAACGGCUUCCUUGCCGCCCUCGCCCGUGCUACGUCCUCCAAUGCCUGCAUCAAAGAUGGCCCCGCCCUCGCCCUUGCUCUCUUCACCCGAGGGUGCAGAGAAGAAGCCGGCCCGCAGGUGGCGGUGCCCACCGUUUGGACCUACAACAUCCUCAUGGACUGCUGCUGCCGCGCGCGUCGCCCAGACCUAGGGCUCGCCUUAUUCGGGUGUAUCCUCAGGACGGGGUUGAAGAUAGACCAAAUCACCGCCAACACCCUCCUCAAGUGCCUCUGCUAUGCGAAACGGACAGAAGAGGCUGUGUACGUGCUGCUUCAUAGUAUGUCCAAGCUCGGAUGUGUGCCUGAUGCCUUCGCAUACAACAUAGUUCUUAAGAGCUUAUGUGAAGGUAGCAGGAGCCAGCAGGCACUCGACCUGCUCCGGACGAUGGCAAAAGAUAGAGGUGGCUGCUUCCCUGAUGUGGUGGCAUAUAACACGGUCAUCCAUGGCUUUUUCAAGGAGGGUGAAACAGGCAAGGCAUGCAAUCUAUUCCAUGAAAUGAUCCAUCAAGGGGUUGAGCCCGAUGUGGUGACGUACAACUCGGUCGUUGAUGCGUUGUGCAAGGCCAGGGCAAUGGACAAAGCAGAGCUAGUCCUUCGUCAGAUGGUUGCUGAUGGUGCUCAACCCAAUGCAGUGACAUAUACUUGCAUGAUCAAUGGAUAUGCCACAUCUGGGCGGUUGAAAGAGGCUGCUAAAAUGUUCAGAGAAAUGAAAAGCCGGGGCCUUAUACCAGAUAUUUUUACUUGCAACUCCUUAAUGACUUACCUUUGCAAGCAUGGAAGAAGCAAAGAAGCUGCAGAAUUUUUUUAUUCGAUGACAGCAAAGGGCCACAAACCGGAUAUCGUCUCAUACUGUAUUUUGCUUCAUGGGUAUGCUACUGAAGGAUGCUUUCCUGAUAUGAUUGAUGUCUUUAAUUCAAUGGAAAACAAUGGUAUUGCAGCCGACUGCCAUGUUUUCAACAUAUUAAUUGAUGCAUAUGCUAAACGUGGAAUGAUGGAUGAAGCUAUGCUGAUAUCAAGUAAAAUGCAGGAACGCAGAGUGAAUCCUGAUAUAGUCACCUAUUCCAGCAUAAUAGCUGGACUUUCCAGAUUGGGUAGGCUGACUGAGGCCAUGGAAAAAUUCAAUCAGAUGAUUGCCUUGGGAGUACAACCGAACAAAGUUGUUUAUCACACGCUGAUUCAGGGUUUUUGCAUAGAUGGUGAUUUGGCUAAAGCUAAGCAGUUGGUUUCUGAAAUGAUGAACAGAGGUAUUCCUCGUCCUAACAUUUCGUUCUUUAGUUCACUAAUAAAGAGUCUCUGCCAAGAAGGAAGGGUUAUGGAUGCCCAUGAUAUCUUUGACUUGGUUAUAGACAUGGGUGAGAGGCCUGAUGACAUUUUAUUUAAUUCACUGAUUGACGGAUACUGCUUAGUCAGGAAGAUGGAUAAAGCAUUAAAAGUACUUGAUGUCAUGGAAUCAGUUGGUGUUGAGCCUGAUGUUAUUACAUACAAUACACUUGUUAAUGGCUAUUGUAGAAAUGGAAGGAUCGGUGAUGGUUUGACUCUGUUCAGAGAGAUGCCGCGUAAGAGAAUUAAACCUGACACUAUUUCAUAUUGCGUCAUAAUGGAUGGGUUGUUUCGUUCUGGGAGAACUGUUUCUGGAAGGGAAAUGUUCCAUGAGAUGAUCGAAAGUGGAACAACAGUCAGCAUUUCCACAUACAACGUAAUACUAGGAGGUCUUUGUAGAAAUAAUUGUGCAGACGAAGCGAUUGCCCUGUUCCAGAAAUUAGGUUCAAUGAAUGUGAAGUUCAGUAUUGCAAUAGUCAAUACCAUGAUCGAUGCAAUGUACAGGGUUGGGAGAAGAGAAGAAGCUAAGGAACUUUUUGCUGGAAUAUCAGCCAGUGGGUUGGUGCCUAAUGAAUCUACUUAUGGAGUAAUGAUUAUGAAUCUUCUAAAAGAUGGAGCAGUGGAAGAUGCUAACAAUGUGUUUUCAUCAAUGGACAAGAGUGGUAUAGUCCCCAGCUCUCGUCUGUUAAAUGAUAUUAUCAGAAUGUUGUUGGAAAAAGGUGAGAUCGCCAAGGCUGGAAAUUAUUUGUCUAAAGUUGAUGGGAAGAGCAUCUCCCUAGAAGCUUCAACAACUUCAUUAAUGUUGUCUCUCUUUUCAAGAGAAGGGAAAUAUCGGGAGGACAUGAAAUUGCUUCCUGCAAAGUAUCAAUUUUUCGAUGGAUUUUGUUGAUUUUGCACAAGACUCUGCUCAGGAAGCUUGAGUUUUUGCUUGCAUAAACCCUCCUGCCAGUAUGACCGUAUAAGAAAUCCAAACUGCCUGCUUGUAGCAUUGGGGUCAUUUAGCGGUGUGUCAAAAAUCACAAGAGUGAAAUGCAAUAUCAGCCAGUGGGUUGAUGCCUGAUGCUUAUACUUACAACGUAAUGAUAAACAAUCUUCUAAAAGAAGUAUCAGUGGAAGAAGUUGACAAUAUGUUUUCAUUGAUGGAGAAGAGUGGUUGUGCUCCCAGCUCUCAUCUUGUAAAUGAUAUCAUCAGAAGGUUGUUGGAAAAAGGUGAGAUUGCCAAGGCUGGAAAUUAUUUGUCUAAAGUUGAUGGGAAGAUAAUCUCACUUGAAGAUUCAACCACUUCAUUGUUGUCGUCUCUUUUUUCAAGCAAAGGGAAAUAUCGGGAGAACAUCAAGUUACUUCCUGCAAAUUAUCACUUUUUAGAUGGAUUUAGUCGCAUUGCACAUGAGACUAACUCCUAAGAAAGCACGGUUCAACUCUUUUCUUGCCAUAAGGCCCUCCUGCUAGUACAAGAUAUCUUAGUGGCCUGCUUUGUACCUUCAAUAGUUCAUUGAGUUCAUUUUGUGAUGUGUCAAAGUCACAAGAAUGUGUAAUGUCUAUGAAUCUUUUGAUCUUCGAUGGGCAAGGAAAGGUAGACCAAGUAGUCUAAUUCCAUUGGUGGUAUGAGGUAAUGACUUCGUAAGAAUUUUUGGGGUAA